UUUGCCAGGGAGCCACCUCAAAGCAUAUCAGGUUACUUUGAGUGACAGCGUAACCAUGGCAAAUAAUUUGACUAAGGCUAUUGUCUUAUCCUCACCAUCCCCGGGUCAGAUAACCGACCAAUCAGAGUUCAUAUAAUCGCUUGUCUUGCCAGCUUAGAAUAAUAUUAUUAAAAAGAGCCAGCGAGUCCGGUCUCCGUGAGUAGGUUAUGUUGAAACGGCAUAGAAAAGGUGGAGGAGGACGGUGGAAGGAGUAGCAACUUUCUCUCUUUCUCACCAACUUUAUGAGGAUUUGUCGCCUGGGGUUUGCAUGGCUGAAUGGGCUUGAGUUUAUUCCACAAUACGCAGUUGGAUAUUACUUAACCGUGGGUUGUUUCAAGUUUUAAGCUACUCUUUUUGGGACCUUUUGCCGUUUAUGGACUUAAUGCGUUUUUAUUUAAUGUGAGACUGAGUGGGAAGACGUGGAAGUAAGGCACAAUAUAAUCUAUAUUGAUUUACGUUGUCGCCAUGUCCAUGCUUCCGACGUUUGGUUUUACGCAGGAACAAGUGGCGUGUGUCUGCGAAGUCCUCCAACAAGGGGGGAACAUCGAGCGGCUGGGGCGCUUCCUCUGGUCCCUCCCGGCGUGCGAACACCUCCACAAAAAUGAGAGCGUCCUCAAAGCGAAAGCCGUGGUCGCCUUCCACCGGGGAAACUUCCGAGAGCUCUACAAGAUCCUGGAGAGCCACCAGUUUUCGCCGCACAACCACCCGAAGCUCCAGCAGCUGUGGCUCAAAGCGCACUACAUUGAGGCGGAGAAGCUGAGAGGCCGCCCGCUCGGCGCCGUGGGGAAGUACCGUGUCCGGAGAAAGUUCCCCCUGCCCCGGUCCAUCUGGGACGGAGAAGAGACAAGCUACUGCUUCAAGGAGAAGAGCAGGAGCGUUCUCCGGGAGUGGUACACCCACAAUCCCUACCCAUCCCCGCGGGAGAAACGAGAGCUGGCCGAGGCCACGGGACUCACCACCACGCAGGUCAGCAACUGGUUCAAAAACCGACGGCAGCGAGACCGAGCGGCGGAGGCAAAAGAAAGAGAAAACAACGAGAACUCCAACACCAAUAGUCACAACCCAUUGACUUCUUCCAUGAAUGGAAAUAAAUCUCUAUUGGGGAGCUCGGACGACGAUAAAACACCCUCGGGUACACCGGAUCACACGUCUCCGAGCCCGGCUCUGCUCCUCGGGUCAAACGCCGGUUUACAGUCCCUGCACGGCCUCGCGCCCCCACCGGGACCCAGCGCCAUCCCGGUACCCAGCGGUGCAGACUCGGUGCACCAUCACCACUCAUUGCACCAUGACACCAUACUGAACCCUAUGUCUUCUAAUCUAGUGGACCUUGGCUCUUAAAAACCGGCACAGAAGAGGGACAGAGAGCACCGAUGGGUUUUUUUUGUUGUUGUUGUCUUUGUUUUUCGGAAGAGUAAUGUAGGAGGUGGCCUGAGACAAGCUUCAAGCAUUUGCGUCAAGGUGCAAAACAGACAGACUGGAACGCUACGAAAACAGCCACCGUAACAAAUCAUUUAGUCUCAUAUUCAACCGUUAAAGGUUUUUUUUAAGUGGGGAAAGUCUGCCUGUGAGCGCAACACACCUCCACUUAUCCCUGAAUUAAACUUCUGCUUGUUUCGUGGACUGUAUAGAAACAAGUGUCAAGGCACAGCACUUAAGAAAUAUUCGAGAAGCUGCCAUGUUCUCACCCUGUUGUCAUAUUUUUCCUCUUUAAUUCGCUUAAGGAAAAUAUAAUUCGAAAGAUUAUAUGACUCAGUUUUGCAAUGGUGGUGCAGACAAAAGGUGAGGUGGAUACAGGUCGUUUUAGGUAAAAAAAAAAAAAAAAGAAAGAAAGAAAAAAGGGAGGGGGGAGAAAAAAAAUUAAUAUUUUACCGGAAUGUAAUAACGUAACAUGUUAUAUUGUUGAAAACAAUAACAAUAAAAUGUCUUAAUUCUU